UAAAUUUGAUUUUUGUAUUACUAGAGCGAAUUCUUCAGUAGUCGAUGGACGUUUGGACGAGCUGAGCUUCCCUAACAGCCCACCAAAAAUGAACAAUUCAGUGGUUGUCAUUUUCCUGGUUUGCCUGGCCUACGUAAUAGCUGAAAAUGAGUCUAAUCCGAGUGACCUUGAAUCUGGCGUACCAUUGUCGCUAGCAACUAACGGAACGAAGAAAAAGUCGUGGGGCGUUAUCUAUCCCGGUACUAAAUGGUGUGGACAGGGAAACAAAGCAAGGGACGACAACGAUUUGGGUAGAUUCAAAAGGACAGACAGUUGUUGCCGUGAUCACGACCGAUGUCCGGAUAAAAUUAAAGGAGGAAAAUCCAAACAUGGGAUACGAAACAAUGGCAGUGUGACAAUAUUGAGCUGUCAGUGCGACGACAUUUUCUUCGAUUGCCUCAAGGGCGUGCACUCGAAGGCGAGCAAAAUCGUCGGCACCUUGUACUUCGAUAUUGUCAAGAACAAGUGCUUCAAGCCGUCAGAGGAGCGGAGCGAAGAAUACGUCCUGACGAAGAGUAGGAAAUUUUCGAGGAACAGAUUCAUCAAGUUUGUCGGGAAAAUGUUUGGAUAAAGUCUAAACGGAAUCACAUCCAUUUAUUUAUAUCUCUUGCUGAGUGUAGGCUGAUAAGCGAUGAUUAAACACAUGUGCUUCUCGACUCAAUGAGGAUUUCGAGACGUCACGAGCCGUCAAUAACAAAAACACAAAAGGUCAUGAAUUCACGAUAAAUAUUUGAUGAGAUUUGUUUUUGAAACGCCAAUUUUCGUUAUUCAGAAACUGAAAAGAGGACCGACUAUUUUCACAAAUGUAUAAAGGAGACUGGUAAUUUCCAAAAGAUUAUUUUGAGAAUCAAUAUUGAAUUGAUUUGAAUAAAAUAUGAUGUAUUGAUUCGACGAUUCGUUUUAUUUUUCCAAUUUUGGAAUUAUACCAAUUCAUAAUAAUAAUAAUAAUUAAAGACAUGUCUACUUGAGGAUUUUCUCAGCUGCGGAAGUGUUUUCUUCAUUUGGGGUGUUGUAUGAAAUUGUUUCAUUGAAUGAAAUGUUUUGAGAAACAAUGGAAAAAUGACAAGUUACCGAUAAAUGAAGAAUAUCUUUGAAUCCUAGGGAGAUGAAGAAAUUUAUAUGAACACAUUCGAAACAAGCAAACUCGUCCUUAACUACGAGUUAUGUAAUUUUUUUUUGCAAUAUUUGCCUGAUAACACGUCUGAUAACAUUUUGUAUCGCACGACGUCUGUAAAUUGAAAAUUUACACACGCGGAUCGCCUUUGGCGAGCGUAGUACACCUCCCAGGAGUCAAAAAAUAUUUACGCACCCGUAUCGAAACAUACUCUCUCCGUAUAUUCGAUUUACAACGCUGGUUAACUACCUUUGGGCAUUAAAUAAAUUCAAGGAGAAUUCAAAUUUAGAGAAGAAAUCCCACAGCGCUAGACGGAAAGCGAACCCCGGGUCCCGGGUGAAUUCUGUCCCCACAGAAUAACAAAAUAUGAAAUUCAAAUAAUACAAUGUAAAAUAAUAUUGAAAUAUAAAACAAUAUAAAAUAAA